GAGAGAGAGAGUCGAGAUAAGGAUGUGAAAAACUCAUCCAACUGACGUAUCGGGCUUUUCGUGUGACGUCAAUUUGACUAUUAUUAACGCUAAACGAAAAAUCUAUCGGGCGAAAAAGUUCGCAUGUUUUGAUUUAUACAUAUGAAAAAAAAACAAUUGUAAUUCACGCUCGAGCGCGAACGUGCCCGAAUCGAACAAAAAAUAAUCAUCAUCGAUCGUCAAUAACAAAUUCGACAAUAUUUUGCUAUUAUUUUACUAUAAUAAUACGUCUCUCUGCGCGACCUUAUAGCUCGCAAACAAACAACGAUAUAAUAAUAUUAAAAAAAAAGUACGAGCGACUGUCCGAGUCGUCCCCGUAAGACAAAAGAGCCCGAGAAACAAUCGCGAUGAAAAUCAUAAUACGAUGCAGCAAUGAACACAUCGCGCGCAUGUGUACGUAUACGCGUACGUCUGUGUAGUAGGCGAAAACUACAUCGGAAGGAGGAUUGAGCAAGCGCCUGUAUUAUAAAGACGGGGCCCGACGACACCUGUAUACGCCCAAAGUUUACUCUAUCAAUGACUCCUUCCGAUGACACUUCCUUUUUUUUUUUUUUUUCGCUACUUCCCAACUCGCGUCGCGGCGCGCACCGGAGCUUAUAAGUAAGACGGUUCGGCUGAUAACCGAGCUCAGUUUGUAUCGCGCGUGUCUCCCAUAAGCACCAUUAUUUCACAAAGACACAUAGAAUCGCGUGCGUGUGUGUAUGACAGUGCCCGAAGACUCAUUAAAAACCCCCCGGUAGUGUAUUAGUGCGUCGUGGCUUGUUGAUCGCCUUCGAUCUUUGUCCAAAAUGUUCAAGUUCUUCUUCGCGAGUGUCGCCCUGUUACUAUUGGCGAUCGUGAAUCACGACUGUGCGGUCCAGGCCAAAAGUGCUCACAAGGACGACAAUAAUAAUGGUGGUGGUGGUGGUGGUGUGUCCGUGCGCCCGACCCAGCAGUGGCGCUUCCUCGACGGCAGCGAGCGCCGCGUGCUGCCCAAGUACCGCGAGGAGAUCCACGAGUUCGGCGUCGGCAGGAUCAAGUGUCUGAGGUACUGCAUUCAGAGCAAGGACAGCAUGGCGCCCCACGUUCUGCACUUGCUGUGGCAGCUGCAGCGCAACAAGAGUCAGGAGAUGGGGUCGGAAACGUUCGUCAACGACGUCGCCUCCAUGGCCGAGAUACCCCAGCUCGACGAGAAGAGAUUCGUCAAGGAGGACGAGUCGAGGGAUCGGGGCAGCGAUCACUGCACCUUCUCCGUGGUCAUUGGCUGCGAGAUCCCCAAGGAGAUUCAAACGAGCUUGCGCCGCGACGAGAAGGACUUCAUCAAGAGUCUGCUGCCCAAUCCGGAGACCCUCGAGGGUGGACGCGGUACCAAUCAUUUCGUUAGCCAGCCUCUGACCCAGAGGGACAAUAUGUUCGGCGAGCAGGACAUCGAGUUCCAGGUGCCCGAGGAGCAGGCCGAGGUCAGCAUGGUCGUACUCGGGAAGAUCUCGAAAAUCGACAUCAAGAUGCCGAUCGGUGAGUAAUAAAUAGUCUCUCUCUCUUAUCGUCGCGUCAUUUUACACACGAAAAACAAAUUUUCAGCCUAGACUUUGA